AAGAAAAAGUCAUCGCAAUUAAAAAAAAAAAGUAACUUUCAUUAACAAGCCCGCCGGAAAUCUCAGGUAUCAAAGACGCAUUAACCCUGGAGCGUCCCCCGCGCGCCGCAGCCGGACGGAGGCAGGCGAGGCGAACAGACGUUCUUUCUCCUCCGAACAGUCACACAAAAGGAGGGCCGCGGAAACUAAAAGUUUCGGGGCCUCCGGCUCGCUGCGCGGAGAAAAGAGAAAACCUGGAGACGGGAUAUGAGGAUCAAUGAUGCAGACUGCUGGGUUCGAUGAAGCUGGGCAUUUAUAACUAGAUUCAUUAAGGAAUACAAAGAAAAUAUUUAAAGGGAUCAAUAAUGGUGUCUUCUGGUUGCAGAAUGCGAAGUCUGUGGUUUAUCAUUGUAAUCAGCUUCUUACCGAAUACAGAAGGUUUCAGCAGAGCAGCUUUACCGUUUGGGCUAGUUCGUCGAGAAUUAUCCUGUGAAGGUUAUUCUAUAGAUCUGCGAUGUCCAGGCAGUGAUGUUAUCAUGAUUGAGAGUGCUAAUUAUGGUCGGACAGAUGACAAGAUUUGUGAUGCUGACCCAUUUCAGAUGGAGAAUACAGACUGCUACCUCCCAGAUGCCUUCAAAAUUAUGACUCAAAGGUGCAACAAUCGAACACAGUGUAUAGUAGUUACUGGGUCAGAUGUAUUUCCUGAUCCAUGUCCCGGAACAUACAAAUAUCUUGAGGUCCAAUAUGAAUGUGUCCCUUACAAAGUGGAGCAAAAAGUUUUUGUGUGCCCUGGGACCCUGAAAGCAAUUGUGGACUCACCAUGUAUAUAUGAAGCUGAACAAAAGGCAGGUGCUUGGUGCAAGGACCCUCUUCAGGCUGCAGAUAAAAUUUAUUUCAUGCCCUGGACUCCCUAUCGUACUGAUACUUUAAUAGAAUAUGCAUCUAUAGAAGAUUUCCAAAACAGUCGCCAAACAACAACCUAUAAACUUCCAAAUCGAGUAGAUGGUACUGGAUUUGUGGUAUAUGAUGGUGCUGUCUUCUUUAACAAAGAAAGAACAAGGAAUAUUGUGAAAUUUGACUUGAGGACUAGAAUUAAGAGUGGAGAGGCCAUAAUUAACUACGCUAACUAUCAUGAUACUUCACCAUAUAGAUGGGGAGGAAAAACUGAUAUUGACCUAGCAGUUGAUGAAAAUGGCUUAUGGGUCAUUUAUGCCACUGAGCAGAACAAUGGAAUGAUAGUUAUUAGCCAACUGAAUCCAUACACUCUUCGAUUUGAAGCAACGUGGGAGACUGUGUAUGACAAACGAGCUGCCUCAAAUGCUUUUAUGAUCUGUGGAGUCCUUUAUGUGGUCAGGUCAGUUUAUCAAGACAAUGAGAGUGAAACAGGCAAGAAUGCAAUUGAUUAUAUUUACAAUACCCGAUUAAACCGAGGAGAAUAUGUAGAUGUUCCCUUCCCCAACCAGUACCAGUAUAUUGCUGCAGUGGAUUACAAUCCAAGAGAUAACCAACUCUAUGUGUGGAACAAUAACUUCAUUUUACGAUAUUCUCUGGAGUUUGGUCCACCUGAUCCUGCCCAAGUGCCUACCACAGCUGUGACAAUAACUUCUUCAGCUGAGAUGUUCAAAACCACAGUAUCAACCACAAGCACUACUUCACAGAAAGGCCCCAUGAGCACAACUGUAGCUGGAUCGCAGGAAGGAAGCAAGGGGACAAAAGCACCUCCAGCAGUUUCUACAACCAAAAUUCCUCCUGUAACAAAUAUUUUUCCCCUGCCAGAGAGAUUCUGCGAAGCAUUAGACGCGAGGGGGAUAAGGUGGCCUCAGACACAAAGGGGAAUGAUGGUUGAACGACCAUGUCCCAAGGGAACGAGAGGAACUGCCUCAUAUCUCUGCGUGCUUUCCACUGGAACAUGGAACCCUAAGGGCCCCGAUCUUAGCAACUGUACCUCACACUGGGUAAAUCAGCUGGCUCAGAAGAUCAGAAGUGGAGAAAAUGCUGCCAGCCUUGCCAAUGAACUGGCUAAACAUACCAAAGGUCCAGUGUUUGCUGGUGAUGUGAGUUCUUCAGUGAGACUGAUGGAGCAAUUGGUGGACAUUCUUGAUGCACAGCUGCAGGAGCUGAAACCAAGUGAGAAGGAUUCAGCAGGACGGAGUUAUAACAAGCUCCAAAAACGAGAGAAGACAUGCAGGGCUUACCUUAAGGCAAUUGUUGAUACAGUGGACAAUCUUCUGAGACCUGAAGCUUUGGAAUCAUGGAAACACAUGAAUUCUUCUGAACAAGCACAUACUGCAACGAUGUUGCUGGAUACAUUGGAAGAAGGAGCAUUUGUCCUGGCUGACAAUCUCGUAGAACCAACCAGGGUAUCAAUGCCCACAGAAAAUAUUGUUCUGGAAGUUGCAGUCCUCAGCACAGAAGGACAGGUCCAAGACUUUAAAUUUCCUCUGGGCAUCAAAGGAGCAGGCAGCUCAAUCCAGCUCUCUGCAAAUACGGUCAAACAGAACAGCAGGAAUGGUCUUGCAAAGUUGGUGUUCAUUAUUUACCGGAGUCUGGGACAGUUCCUUAGUACCGAAAAUGCAACCAUAAAACUGGGUGCUGACUUAAUUGGUCGAAAUAGCACCAUUGCAGUGAAUUCCCACGUCAUUUCAGUUUCAAUCAAUAAAGAAUCCAGCCGAGUAUACUUGACAGAUCCUGUGCUUUUUACCUUACCACACAUUGAUCCUGACAAUUAUUUCAAUGCAAACUGCUCCUUCUGGAACUACUCAGAGAGAACUAUGAUGGGAUAUUGGUCUACCCAGGGCUGCAAGCUGGUUGACACUAAUAAAACUCGCACGACGUGUGCAUGCAGCCACCUAACCAAUUUUGCAAUUCUCAUGGCCCACAGGGAAAUUGCAUACAAAGAUGGAGUUCAUGAAUUACUCCUUACAGUCAUCACCUGGGUGGGAAUCGUCAUUUCCCUUGUUUGUCUGGCUAUCUGCAUCUUCACUUUCUGCUUUUUCCGUGGUCUACAGAGUGACCGUAAUACUAUUCACAAGAACCUUUGUAUCAACCUUUUUAUUGCUGAAUUUAUUUUCCUAAUAGGCAUUGAUAAGACAAAAUACAUGAUUGCAUGCCCAAUAUUUGCAGGACUGUUACACUUUUUCUUUUUGGCUGCUUUUGCUUGGAUGUGUCUAGAAGGUGUUCAGCUCUAUCUAAUGUUGGUUGAAGUCUUUGAAAGUGAAUAUUCAAGAAAGAAAUACUACUAUGUUGCCGGUUACUUGUUUCCUGCCACAGUGGUUGGAGUUUCAGCUGCUAUUGACUAUAAGAGCUAUGGAACAGAAAAAGCUUGCUGGCUUCAUGUUGAUAACUAUUUUAUAUGGAGUUUCAUUGGACCUGUUACCUUCAUUAUUCUGCUAAAUAUUAUCUUUCUGGUGAUCACAUUAUGCAAAAUGGUGAAGCACUCGAACACAUUAAAACCAGAUUCUAGCAGGUUGGAAAACAUUAAUAAUUACCGUGUUUGUGAUGGCUACUAUAAUACGGACUUACCUGGGUCUUGGGUGCUUGGCGCGUUCGCUCUUCUAUGUCUUCUUGGCCUAACCUGGUCAUUUGGGUUGCUUUUUAUUAAUGAGGAGACUAUUGUGAUGGCAUAUCUCUUCACCAUCUUUAAUGCUUUCCAGGGAGUGUUCAUUUUCAUCUUUCACUGUGCUCUCCAAAAGAAAGUACGAAAAGAAUAUGGCAAGUGCUUCAGACAUUCAUACUGCUGCGGCGGCCUCCCGACUGAGAGUCCCCACAGCUCGGUGAAGGCAUCCACCACCAGAACCAGUGCUCGCUAUUCCUCUGGCACACAGAGUCGUAUAAGAAGGAUGUGGAAUGACACUGUGAGAAAACAAUCUGAAUCUUCUUUUAUCUCAGGUGACAUCAAUAGCACUUCAACACUUAAUCAAGGAAUGACUGGCAAUUACCUACUAACAAACCCUCUUCUUCGACCCCACGGCACUAACAACCCCUAUAACACAUUGCUCGCUGAAACAGUUGUAUGUAAUGCCCCUUCAGCUCCCGUGUUUAACUCACCAGGACAUUCACUGAACAAUGCCAGGGAUACAAGUGCCAUGGAUACUCUACCGCUAAAUGGUAAUUUUAACAACAGCUACUCACUGCGGAAGGGGGACUAUAAUGACAGCGUGCAGGUUGUGGACUGUGGACUAAGUCUGAAUGAUACCGCUUUUGAGAAGAUGAUCAUUUCAGAAUUAGUGCACAACAACCUACGGGGCAGCAGCAAGGCUCACAACCUCGAGCUCACACUACCAGUCAAGCCUGUGAUUGGAGGGAGCAGCAGCGAAGAUGACGCUAUUGUGGCAGACGCCUCAUCUCUAAUGCAUGGUGACAAUCCUGGACUGGAGCUCCAUCACAAAGAACUCGAGGCCCCGCUCAUCCCUCAGAGGACUCACUCCCUUCUGUACCAACCCCAGAAGAAAGCAAAGCCCGAGGGGACUGACAGCUACGUAUCCCAGCUGACAGCCGAGGCCGAGGACCAUCUCCAGUCCCCCAACAGAGACUCUCUGUACACAAGCAUGCCCAACCUCAGAGACUCUCCCGAUCAGGAGAGCAGCCCCGACACGGAAGAAGACCUGCCUCCGUCCCGGAGGAGUGAGAACGAGGACAUCUACUAUAAGAGCAUGCCAAACCUUGGAGCUGGCCACCGGCUUCAGAUGUGCUACCAGAUCAGCAGGGGCAACAGCGAUGGGUACAUAAUCCCUAUUAACAAAGAAGGGUGUAUUCCAGAAGGAGACGUCAGAGAAGGACAAAUGCAGCUGGUGACAAGUCUCUAAUAGUGCCACCAAGGAAUUCCAGAGGCCACACACAAGUAGUGAAUACAGACAGACUCCAUUGGCCCUACGCAGCUCCCUGAAACUCCGCUUGAAGAGAUGGCCCUGUUGACCUGUGGUUCUCCAGUGUAAAAAAAAGAUGACUGAACCUUGCAGUUCUGUGAAUUUUUAUAAAACGUAAAAAAACUUUGUAUAUACACAGAGUAUACUAAAAUGAAUUAUUUGUUACAAAGAAAAGAGAUGCCAACCAGGUAUUUUAAGAUUCUGCUGCUGUUUAGAGAAAUUGUGAAACAAACAAAACAGAACUUUCCAGCCAUUUUACUGCAGCAGUUUGUGAACUAAAUUUGUAAAUAUGGCUGCACCAUUUUUGUAGGCCUGCAUUGUAUUAUAUACAAGACGUAGGCUUUAAAAUCCUGUGGGACAAAUUUACUGUACCUUACUGUUCCUGACAAGACUUGGAAAAGCAGGAGAGAUAUUCUGCAGCAGUUUGCAGUUGACUGCAAACCUUUUACAUUAAGGCAAAGAUUGAAAACAUGUUUAACCACUAGCAAUCAAGCCACAGGCCUUAUUUCAUAUGUUUCCUCAACUGUACAAUGAACUCUUCAAAAAUGGCUAAAGAAAUUAUAUUUUGUUCUAUUGCUAGGGUAAAAUAAAUACAUUUGUGUCCAACUGAAAUAGAAUUGUCAUUAAAAAUAAUUUUAAAGAGUUUGAAGAAAAUAUUGUGAAAAGCUCUUGGUUGCACAUAUGUUAUGAAAUGUUUUUUCUUACACUUUGUCAUGGUAAGUUCUACCCAUUUUCACUUAUUUUCCACUGUAUACAGUGUUCUGCUUUGACAUGUUAGUCCUUAUUCUUACAUUUAAAUUUCUUAUUGCCAAAAGAGCGUGUUUUAUGGGGGGAAAACUCUUUGAAGCCAGUUAUGCCAUGCCUUGCACAAAUGUGGUGAAAUCUAGAAAAGGUUGUGUGUCACCCCUGUUUGUUCUUGAACAGGGGGCAGCGAGGGCACUGGGCACUUCUCACAAACUUUCUAGUGAACAAAAGGUGCCUAUUGUUUUUUAAAAAAUGAAAUAAAACAUAAAUAUUACUCUUCCAUAUUCCUUCUGCCUAUAUUUAGUAAUUAAUUUAUUUUAUGAUAAAGUUCUAAUGAAAUGUAAAUUGUUUCAGCCAAAUUCUGCCUUUCUUUUCAUCCCUUUGUGUAAACCUGUUAAUAAUGAGCCCAUCACUAAUAUCCAGUGUAAAGUUUAACACGGUUUGACAGUAAAUAAAUGUGAAUUUUUUCAAGUA